AUGGACUUCAUAGACUUCGACUCGUUCCUGGACCUGGCAAAGCCAGGCACCACUUCAAACCUCCCACAGCCACAACCUGCACUUUCGCUUCCCAUCUCCUCCAACAUAGAAACGUUUGGCAAACGAUUCACUAACUUGAACAACUUGACCAGAAACUUAUUGAGUCUCGAUGAUAAGCUGAAUGAACCUUCCCAGCCACAUGAGCCUGUGAGAGAGAGCGAGUUGGCUCGGAAAUACGCCCAGUUGUCAAUAGACUUGUUGAAGAAACAACACCAACACCAACAGAAUGGAGAUGAUGGAACAGGAACUGAUCCCAGUGCAGUGCCUGCCACCACGUCCUCCUCUGCUACAGCAUCGUUGUCUUCCAGACUCUCGCGUGUGUUUAAUAACCAGUUGAAUGACAGUCUCACCAGGGAAAUCUUUAACACGUUGGAGGACAAGUUUCCUGAAACCGAUAGCAUAAAAGAGUUGAUCGAGCCAGGAUCCACGGGAUCGCUUGCAAGAAAGAGAUUGAGGGGAAAGGUAGAGGGCGAGUUAGUCAAGAACCAGACCCUGGUUCUCAAGGAGUACCAGCCAGUGAUGUCGCAGUUGAAAGCACUCGAAGAAAGCCUCUCAAGAUUGAACCAGCUCAACGAAUCGUUGAAUUCGAAGGUCGACAAGAACUUCGAGACAUCCAACAGCUUCAACUCCAAAAUCAAAGCCUUGACGGACGAGAAGAAAAUGAUUUCGUUGAAGAAAAACUUGUUGAUUGGGUUCAAAGAGAAGUUCACAUUGAACGAGUACGAGCAGUACGUGUUGAGUUCGGGUGAUAUAAACGACGAGUUCUUCCAGGUGUUGAAGAAAGCAGAACAAAUCAACGAGAACUGUUCUAUUCUUCUUGCAAUCGAUAACCCCCAACUAGGACUCAAAAUCAUGUCCAAAAUCAACCAAUUGAUCAACACUUCAAUAGACCGGAUCAUAUCCUUCUGCAACAAGACCCUCUCCAAUUUGUACUCGUUGAACUCAAAGUCAAAGUUGCUCACCUUGCACCAGUGCUUGAGAUUCUUGAAGAAUAAGUUGAACUAUUUCAAUACAAUCAUGGCUCUGUUCACGGAAUCAAGAUCGAAAAUCUUGAUUGAUGAAUUUUUGAGCGAAACCAGCACCGAUGGAAAGAAAUCCGGCGACCAUGAUUCGUAUCAUGGCGGAAACUCACGUCCAGUCUUUAUUUCAGAAAACGACACCGUGAGGUAUAUUGGAGAUUUGUUGGCUUAUGUUCACUCUGUGGUGGUUAAUGAAACCGACUUGAUUGCUUCAAUAUUUACUAUUGAAGGAUUGGACACUCAGGAGAAGGCGGAGUUUGAUCAAAUCAUAAAUCAAAUCAAGGAUGAGGUGUUGAAAUCAAUGGCCAGACCCGUAAAAUCGAGAAUUAAUCAGGUUGUUUCGUCUGAAACAAAAUUAUUGACCAUUUACUCGAUUUUCAACUUGGUUGAGCUUUACUCCUUGAUGCUAUCCAAGCAACUCAGUUCAUCCAAUGAGCUUUUGAGAACUAUAAACGAGUUGAUUAAGUCCUCCAGAGAUCGUAUCUUGGAUGUCAUUAACUCCAGAUUCUUAACCAUCAAGAAUAGUAACCUGGCAGUGUUGGAGCUCAAUUUUGAUCUACAACCACCCGAAUGGAUCAUUGAAUAUUUUGCAGACUUGUUACCCAUUUUGGACCAAAUUGUCUCGUCUAGUACUUCAACUUCAACCGUUUUAAACUUCAACGAAAAAGAAAACAAGGAGUUCCUUAGUCUCAUAAUUGACAGACCCAUUGAGAUAUUCAACGAGCAUGUACAAACCAACAAGCUCUUCAACGUCAAACAGGACCAGCUAAUCUUAAGACAGAACUUCCUCGACUUGAUUCUUUCAAAGAUUAUCCCCAUAAGCAUUCUCAGUGACAAAGUUUUGGAGUUGAACGAACAGAUUUCCGGCCUCACCAAAGAAUUGACUCAAAUUCAAUUGGACUACUUGCUCAAAGGAUGUCUAUUGUAUGACCACUUCAAUAUCAUAAACAUGAUUUAUCCAUUCAAUGACGAAGAAAGCGGAGAUGAUUUCGAGCCUGCAAUUUAUGAGGCCAUUAAAGAGAACAAACUCUUCAACAUACAAGAAAUGGCCAAGGUCAACGUGCUGGUGCAGGAAUUCUUGCCUAAUGCGUUGUUGGAAAUCCAGAGAUCAUUAUUGAAAUUAAACUCUCCAAUGGUUGUGAAUGAUAUUGUAAAUGAUUCGGGGGAAGAGUUUGUUAAGUUUUAUCACAAGUUCGGUUUGGUAGUGAAGAACUUCUUGGACUUUGAUUUUACUUGGUCGCAGAACGAGGUUAGCCUUUUAUUAGGUGGCCAGAACGAGGGAGUUCUCAUUCAAUAA